UAUGUUUAAUAGUUAUCAGUACGAUAAAUAAUUGACAUUUACAAAAGAAAUAGAUAAAAUCAAAAAUGACUACUUGAAGUAAAGAGAGAAUCGUAAAGGUAUUUCCAAAAGUUUAUUUAGAACUCAAUCAAAGAUUAUCUAAAAAUUAUAAGAAAAGAAUAGAAAAUUUUGUGAUAAAUAUGUUGGAAAAGCCUGUUGUAUGUAAUGAGUAUAAGCCACCUGAGGCAUACUAAUUUAGAGAUGAAGAUCCAACAAAAAAUCUUGGAGAUCCAUAAAUAUAUGUUAAAGGAUUUAAGCAUGAAAAAGAUAGAAUUCAAGAAGCUUAAGAGAAAAAUAAUAAUUUGGAUUUCUUACCUAAUUUAAAAGUGGGGAAAUAUUGUUUUAGAGAAAGAGAUCCAUCUAAAGACAUAAAAAGAGAUGUUUUUAGAUAUAGAGAUAAAACUGCUUUAGCAAGAAUUGAAUAAUUUUUAAAAGAUCAUACAUAAUCUCAAGUAGAAAACAUGAAACUUGAUCAUAAAAAGAUUCUUAAUUUAGAACAUUUCUCAGAAGGAAUGUCUUCACUAGAAAGAAAGGCAUAUUUAUCAAGAUUAAUAGCAAAGAAUUUAUUACCGUCAUUACAUAAUAAAACUCAUUUUUAAGCAGCAUAAACUAUGUACAAUAAUUUACCAUGUAAAAUAUAUAUAUUAAAAUACUCAGUAACUUUAAUGGAACAUGCAAGAUCACUUCCUUAAGUUCAUACAUAAGAAGAUAGUAGAAGAAAACCUCCAACAUCUCAAGAAAAAUAAAAAACUAUUCCAAAUGAUAACUAAAAUAAGUAAGAUGAUAAUGGUACCUAACCAAAAUAAGGCAAUGAGACAGAAACAUUCAAUCCUAUUGAAACUUCUAAAUAAAUUUUAAAGAAAUGUAAUAUCAUAAAAGAAAGAAAUAAUAAAGUAGAAAAUUUAAUAUAUUUAUAAGGCUCCUGUUGUUCAUUCAGGUUCUGGCCAUUUAAUUUCUACUCUUGAUAAAUCUAUCUCAGAAAUCUAUAAGGAACUUUAUAAGGUUGAAAUUGGAUAAUCAAAAUUGCGAUGAA